UAAUCGAUUUCCUCCGGACAGAAAGUCAUACGGAUGAUAAUAUGAUCAGAGACUUUCCUCACUAUUUCAAAGCAUAUGUGAAGAACCACCAACUGCUCUGCCAGCGCGGAGAUUUUAACGAUGGUUGGGUUUUUUGUAGUCGAGAAGACGACCGUUGCGAACUUCCUCUUCCUUCGACUCUCUUUGAGUUUAUGAAGAAUAUAAAAUCAUGCUUUGGAAAGAUAUUUUUCUGGCAACAUGUCCAAGUUCUUAUACAGUUUUGGAAAGUCAUAGAAAUUGGGGGCAAGCGUUUACUUACAACUCGACAUCAACCAUUUGGUUUUGACAAGAUCGAUGAAGGACUUUGUUGGUAUAGGUUGAUAUCUUUGGAUUAUGAAUUUGAUGUGGAUGGAGUGAGUGACAAACAUCUUGGCCUACUUGGCCGUGUGUUCCGCCAUCAACAGAGGGAGUCUACUCCAAAUGUGCAGUAUUACUCUUGCAAUGAGUAUCCACAACGCGAUCGUGCUAUCGUUUGCAAUAUUAAGCAAUCUCUGGCCAUACCAUUCUUUGAGUCUUCUGGGCCGUGCUGUAUUGGUGUACUUGAGAUGGUGUCGACGACUGAAAUAACAAAUUCCAUAGAUAUUUGGGCACGCUUUCUUAUGGAGGUUUGUUCCCUAACUAAUCAGGCCCAUUUUUACAUUCUCCUUACUUUUGUUUGUUUAUUUAUUUAUUUGACAAAUUAUAUGAAUAGUCCUGUAUUUUAAAAUUUGUAUAAUUUUGAUCCAUAUAAUUUUAAUUGACUCGAUUUUGAUAUGAUUUUGUAUCAAUUUAGUCCAAUUGCACGCAAUUGUGAAUAUUUUUCAAUGAAAAAUACGCAUAUAAGUGACAUAUUUCAUGCUUUUAGAGUGAAUUAUAAAUUUGUUCAACUCAGUGAGUUAAUCUCAAAUAAUUCAGUGAUCAUUUUUAGUUAAAAACAUUAAUGGCGUUAUCAAUUAGACCAAAUUGACACAAAAUAUAAAAUUGUGAGUCAAAAUUGAGUCAAUUAAUAGUUUAGGGACCAAAAGGACACAAUAGGGAAAAUGUAAGGACUAUCGGUGUAAUUUACCCUUAUUUAUUUAUUUUCAUGCCUAUCCGAUGAUUGUUAAUUUCAAUUUUCAAUGAUGGUUUGACAAUAAUUCUUGUGCACAUAUUGAGACUUUUAUUCUGAUAUCAUAUCAUUGAUAUUAAUUAUUUGAGUAAAUUACACGGAUCGCUCGGGAGGAAAAUUGAUUAUUUCAUUAUGAUGCACAAGGGCCAAAAAAAAAGUAUGUCUUAUUGUUAGCUCAGUUAACCUUAUCCUUAAUGUAAGAAAAAUUGAUGUAAUUAUAACAAAAAUAUAAGAAUUACUAUUUUAUUUUUUCACCUCUUAAGGGUGAGUACAAUUUACCUAAUUGUUUUUAGUAGAAUUUACUAGGCAAUACAGGCUUCUGCUCAAAGUGUUGGACCAAUUGAAAUAUUCCAUGCCAGGGUAGGUGCAACUGCUUGAAACAAUGAAGCUAAAUUUGGACAAUUAUAAAAUACCUUGGUGCAGCCUAAGUUGGUUGGUUUAAUAGCCUCAACUGUGCUGAUUUUUUCAUUUACUGUAUACAAUGUUUUGGUAUUAUUAUUUAUUAAUCAACUUAUUUACUUAAAAAAGGUUGACUAAUAAUGUUUGGUUGUAAUUUUAAAUUAUAAGUUAUUUGAUUUAUUUAGUUUAUUUGACCCAAAAAAAAAAAAUCUUCAUAAUUUAUAGCUCUUUUUAAAUGAAACCCUUCAAUAAGUAUGGCUAAAAGA